AAUUCCAGUCGCAGCUGAGUGGGGAUGUUGGUGGAAAUAGAAUCUGAUACUAUACCAGGUCACCUAGGCAUUAUCUCUACCAAUAUACAAUUAACUAAACAAGGAAUCAUAUAUCACACCACAAAACCAUCUCCUGUUCGCGUGCAGAUAUGGAAGUUCAAGCCGGAAAGAAUCGUGGAAGUGGGAAAAGGAUGAGUAUAGUAGUGGGACCAUGGGGAGGAAAUGGUGGGACCAGUUGGGAUGAUGGAUCAUACCAUGGAGUUAGAGAAAUUAAACUUGUUUAUGAUCGUUGCAUCGAUUCGAUACGUGUGGUAUACGAUAAGAACGGUAAGCCUGUCACAGCAGAACGACAUGGAGGCAGUCAAACGGUCGAGAUAAAGCUGCAAUAUCCGGAGGAAUUUAUAACAAGUGUGAGUGGAUACUACUGUCCGGUGGUGUACGGAGGCAGCCCAGUGAUCCGAUCACUUACAUUCAAAAGCAAUAGGAGAAUAUUUGGUCCGUUUGGAGUUGAAGAAGGCACGCCUUUCACUUUUUCAGUAGAUGGAGGUGUCAUUGUUGGUUUCCAAGGAAGAGGUGGUUGGUACGUGGAUUCGAUUGGGUUUCGUUUAUCCCGUGUCCAAACACCCAAACUCUUUCAAAGGGUUCAAAAGGGUCUUCAAAGGCUCACUAGCACUGCUUCCAAGCAUAAAGAUGCUGCAAAUGAUAAUGCUUCUUCAAAGCCUUAUUAGAUAAUAAUAUAAUAUAUGUAUGCUCUUUAUGUUGGUAUGAGUUUUUAUGUAGAAAAAAGUCACAAAAUGGAGUUGAAAAAUUAUGUUUUAAUGUUUGUUCCUUUUGUAGUACUAAAAAGUUGUCUGGAUAAUGUAAUAUAUACUUCGUAUUGACCUUUUAUUUUGGAUGCCUCA